AUGAGUCAGACAGCGCGGAUCGUCUUCAGUGAUAUCGAUGGCACCAUUAUGCAUGAACCGAAAACGAUUGAUAGGGACGCAGCUGUCCUCUUAACCCCGCCGUCGGCGAGUGGUCGUCAGGGGGUUAUCUCCGCCGCCACUCUGCACCUUGUCGCGCAACUUCGCUCCCGGGGCGCUCUCUUCGUAGUCAUUACAGGCGCCCGCCUUUCCACGUUGCUGAUGAGGCUGCCGUACCUGCCAGCCGCGGACGCGUACGUUUGUGAGAAUGGCGGGCGCAUUUUGUACCCAGGCAGUGAUUUGCCAACAGCUUGCCCCAUCACGGAGGACGCGGAAUGGCGCUCCUCACAUGAUCAGGUGGUGGGAUCUGUGGAACAGGAUGCCGUACAGCCCAAGGACAGAACGGGCUCGCUGUGGGAGCUGUACCGCCGGCUUCUGGCGGAGGGAUGGUACCUGGACGCGAACGGCUACACCACCAGCUUCAGGGUACAUGCUCGUGGCGACAAGACUAUGGAUGACCUUCGCGGGUUGGCGGCUUUCCGGUCCGAGGGCCUUAGCUGCUCCUUCAACCUGGGGGCUGCGGACUUCUACCCAGCUACCAGCGGCAAGGUGAUGGCAGCGCGCCACCUGAUGGUUCGUUUCGGUGUCGCCGCUAAGGACUGCUGCUUCUUGUGCGAUGAUGACAACGAUUUGGAGCUCGCUAGGGAGGUGGGACGAGCCUUUCUGCCCAGCAUAUCUUCGGACUCUGUACGGCAAGCGGCGGAGGCUCGGCCGGAGCACUUUGUGGUGGCCAAGUGCGAGGGGCAGGGCGUGGCGGCGACUGAGGAGAUGCUGCAGGCGGUGAUGACGCAUUACGACCUGCAGUAGCUCUGUGAUUGGAGCAGCAGCAAUGCAGGAGGGUAGUGCUGUAGAUGCAUUUUUAUCGCCAAGGUGAUACAAAUUGAAUGCUAGGGAUUGCUGGAGGUCAAUUACGUCUGACCGAGAUUAACCGGACGGGUGACGUGGCGAGACGUAAUAAAGGGAACCAUGCAGAGGUCGGCAGGCUGCAGGGUGGCUGCAAUUAGGCAGGAAUGAGGGAACGAGUCUUCGGUCGGCUUGCAUGGAGAAAACCGGCGAUCAGUGCCCUAUGUCCCAAUGGGCUGUUGGAUUCUUGGAGGUUCCUUGCAGAGAGCGAGCCGCAUGUGGGGCAUGACUGAGGAGGGGGCAGUUGCCGUUAGUUGCACGGCACGUUUGGUGGGCACGUAUCGAACUCGGUACUGCAAACUACGAGGAUGACGGGUUGAUCAUAAGAGCUGGUUUAUGCUUCUGUUGAUGUAGCUAGGUUAUUACGGACUUGCGCGAGGUGAUGAAUAAGGUUGCCUGGCUGGCCGACCGGGUGGGCACCGCAUGCAUCGGAAGGAGCGUUGACGAUUGCCAUGUUGUGGCGAUAUCUC